UCCCCUCCGUGAUUUUCGCGUGUUGCCGCUGCUCUUGUCGUUCGAUGUAGACGGUAGAUCAGGCCGGAGAGGUACAAGGCUUCUUCUGCCGUCAUGGAGGACUGCUACUCCCCGGAAAGCGAGAGGAUGGAAGCGUGGCUGGACGAUCACUUGGAGUUCAGCCGCUCCUACUUUAUCAGGAAGGCGACAAGGGAGAUGGUGAACGCCUGGUUCGCUGAGCGUGUCCACACCAUUCAGCCCUCUGCCUCCAAGGAAACGCUCCCACAACAGCGGGUCCAGCAGUCCUCUACAGACCCCUGUCCCCCGACUGUCACCGCCUCUAGCAUCCUCCCGCCCACACUCAGUCUCUACGACGGCCGCUGCCCUUCCCCUGCCACUGUGCCCAGCCCUGCUCCAGGUACACCGACUCGCAAAAUCUCAGCAUCAGAAUUUGACCGGCCACUCAGACCCAUCGUGGUCAAAGACUCCGAGGGCUCACUUACAUUUCUGAGUGACGCGGACCGUGAGCUUGUCCCUCUGCGGGCUGUGGUGAUGGGUGAGGGAGGUGGUGGUGUUGCCAUUGGAGAUGGCUCAGGUGGAGGUCUGGGUAAAGGAGGUGGUUGUGGUGAGGGUGAUGGUGCUGGUAGGACCGACCGCUGUGCCAGGCUGCUGGAGCUGGUGAAGGAUGUGUCCAGUCACUUGGAUGUGACUGCACUCUGCCACAAGAUCUUCCUCCACAUCAAUGAGCUGAUCGUUGCCGACCGCUACUCACUUUUCCUGGUGGGUGAGGACAGCUCCAACAGGAAGUUCUUGGUCAGCCGCCUGUUUGACGUGGCUGAGGGAUCCACAUUGGAAGAAUCCUCCAAUAGUUGCAUCCGCCUGGAGUGGAACAAAGGCAUUGUGGGACAUGUGGCUGCAACAGGCCAGCCACUCAAUAUCAAGAACGCUUACGAGGACCCGAGGUUCAACGCGGAGGUGGAUCUAAUCACAGGUUAUAAGACCCAGAGCAUCCUGUGUCUGCCUAUCAAGAACCACAGAGAUGAGGUGGUUGGAGUGGCUCAAGCCAUCAACAAGAAAUGUGGGGAUGACGGAGCUUUCACCGAACAGGACGAAAAGGACUUCUCCGCCUAUCUGGCCUUUUCAGGCAUCGUCCUGCACAACGCCCAGCUCUACGAGACGUCACAGCUGGAGAACAGACGCAACCAGGUGCUGCUGGACCUGGCCAGUCUGAUCUUCGAGGAGCAGCAGUGUCUUGAGGUUUUACUGAGGAAGAUUGCAGGAACCAUCUUGUCCUUCAUGCAGGCCCAGGCCUGCACUGUCUUCAUAGCUGACGAAGACUCCAUGAACUCCUUCUCCAGUGUCUUCCACAUGGAAUACGAGGAGCUCGGAGAAGUGCUGGACGUCCCCAAAAGGGACUGCGAUGUCAGUCAGAUCAACUACAUGUACGCCCAGUACGUUAAAAACACCAUGCAGCCUCUCAACAUCACUGACGUAACCAAGGACCAGCGCUUCCCCUGGACGAGUGAAAACCCUGAGCAUCCCAGCAACCAGAUCAAGAGUUUGCUCUGCACUCCCAUUAGAAAUGGCAAGAAGGAUAAAGUCAUAGGUGUGUGUCAGCUGGUGAACAAGAUGGACGAGGCGUCGGGUAGUGUGAAGGCCUUCAACAGGAAUGAUGAGCAGUUCCUGGAGGCCUUUGCCGUCUUCUGUGGCCUUGGCAUCCAGAACACACAGAUGUACGAAACUGUGGAGAGAGCCAUGGCCAAGCAGGAGGUCACGCUGGAGGUCCUGUCGUAUCAUGCCUCUGCCGCAGAGGAAGAGAUGCGAGCGCUCCAGGUAACAGCGGCAGCCACAGUGCCGUCAGCCCAGUCUCUGCGUCUUCUCGAGUUCAGCUUCAGUGACUUUGAUUUGUCGGACACUGAGACCACGCUGGCGACUGUUCGCAUGUUCGUCGACCUCAACCUGGUGCAGAACUUCCAGAUGAAGUACACGAGUUUAUGCCAGUGGGUUCUGAGCGUGAAGAAGAACUACAGGAAGAACGUGGCCUAUCACAACUGGAGACAUGCCUUCAACACCGCACAGUGCAUGUUCGCCGUCCUCAAAUCAGGGCGCCUACAGAGUCACAUGAGCGAUCUGGAGGUCUUGGCUCUGAUGAUCGCCACGCUCAGCCAUGACCUGGACCACCGAGGAGUCAACAACUCCUACAUACAGAGGAGUGACCACCCGCUGGCUCAGCUGUACUGCCAUUCUACCAUGGAGCAUCACCACUUUGACCAGUGCCUCAUGAUCCUCAACAGCCCUGGGAACCAGAUCCUCAGCAGUCUUUCCCUGGAUGAGUACAAGGCCACUCUGAAGAUGAUCGAGAGGGCUAUUCUGGCCACCGACCUGGCCCUGUACAUGAAGAGGCGAGGGGAGUUCUUUGAGCUGACCAAGAACAGCCAGUUUGUUUGGGAGGAUGAGCAUCACAGAGACUUGUUGAGGUCGAUGCUGAUGACUGCAUGUGACAUCUCAGCCAUCACUAAGCCCUGGCCAGUGCAGAAGAGGAUCGCUGAGCUGGUGGCCACUGAGUUCUUUGAACAGGGAGACAAAGAGAGACAGGAGCUGAACAUCGAGCCCAUUGACCUGAUGAAUCGUGAGAAGCGAGACAAGAUUCCCAGUAUGCAGGUGUCCUUCAUAGAUGCCAUCUGCACUCAGUUAUACGAGACCCUGGCUGGCAUGUCCGAAUUUUGUUCCCCGCUUCUGGAAGGUUGUCAGAGGAACCGGCAGAAUUGGAAGCGACUGGCAGAGCAGGGCGAGAAGGGCCUGGUCAACGGCAUGGUGUGAAACCGACACCGCUCUCCACAGGCCUUCAGGUCCAGCCUAGCCUUGCCAGGGUUCUUGAAAUGAGCAUGA